AUGGCUGCCACCAAGGUUAAUUUGUUGGAUUACCUCCGUUCCAGGACUCAGAUUGAUUUUGACAGCUUCGAUAUUGAAGCGGCCAAAGAUAUAGAGAAAUUCGUUGACUGUACCUCAAACCAAUUUGAGUACUAUGCAGAGCUGGAAAAGCCCAGCAGAAAGGAGUUACUUGGAAAGUCAAUCCAGCUCGCUGCAAGUAUUCACGAGCAGUUUCCAACAGUGACAUAUGAAGAACUUGUCGUGGAAAUUGGGGCUAUCUAUUUAACAAUGGAAAUUUACCCUAUGGCCUCGGGUGAUAUGCAUGUGAUGGCCAAUCCGUGGUAUGCGUACUCGAAGCAAAAAGUCGUCGACACUGGAAAGCGACUACACCGACUGUGCAAAGAAAUCAACCCAUCCUUCGACCCGUCUCGUCUCGUAAUGAAAGUUCCAGCUACCUGGGAAGGCUUGCAAGCGUGCCGGGAAUUGAGAUAUUCUGGGAUAAAAACUCUCGCGACAACUCUGUUUACUAUGGAACAGGCUGUUUUAGCAGGUGAGGUGGGCUGCGUCUCGAUCUCCCCAUUUGUGCAUGAACUCAAGGCACUUUUUGACAACACGUACAAAGAUGGCCAUCCACUCCUUGACCUCUGUGUGAGAGCACAGCAGUGGUACGAAAAUCAAUCACUUGGAACUAAGGUCAAAGCGUGUGCUACUAUGGGUCUAGACGAGUUGUUGCAAUUGGCAGGUGUCGAUGCUCUCACGAUCGUGCCAGAUGACCUUCGGACCCUACGGUCGACUCAUAGGCCUGAUGAAGAAGUAAAGGCCCUAUCACUAUUUACAAAGAAAGCUGCCAUCAAGGAAAAAAUGGAAUACCCUUCCUACAUUGAUGACCAAGUCAAGUAUCGAAUGGACUUCGACGCCGCUGAAGGAGGGAACGCACAAUUCAAACUUGGACAGGCAAUUACCAUUUUCUGCGACUUUCAGAAGAAGGCCGAAAACCUAGUGAAGGUAGCCCAAGCCGGAUGUGUGUAGUUAGAGUUUCCACCAAUGGUACUACCUUGUUUAGGCGGCGGACUCUUCGGAAUUGAGAGGCCAACCAAUUGUUCAUUUUUACCACGUUUUAUCAAAUUGAAGCUUGAUUUUGCAUUUUU